UACCAGCGCGACCGGCUGCGGAAGAACGCGGAGCGCGCAUACGACGCGCAGGUUGCUUCGCUCGUCGUCCCGUCGCUCGGCGGCCCGACCCGCGCGCAGCUGACGCAGUCCUUUUCGGCGCAACUGACCGCGUUUGCCGACCGGCUGGUCGAGUCGCCCUCGAUGCAGCUCCAGGCGCUCGGCGCGACUCGCCGCCGCGUCUCGAAGCCCGCAAAGCCGCCGAAGGGGCUCCGCUGGGGCCUCGCCCUCACCGGCGCGAUGCGCACCAAGUGGGGGGGCGGCGGCGGCAACCUGCAGACGUUUGCGGGCUACCAGACCCCCGACGGGAUGUGGUCGGCGCACGGGCUGCUCGCCAACGACGGCGCCAUCGCGGACUCGUCCGGGUCCGAGCCGCCGCCGCUGCGGAUGCAGCCGAAGCUCAACGUCGACCUGUCGCUCUGACGCCGCGGCGGCGGUUGCAGGGACCGGCAGGCGGGCGGGCGGUGGAGGGGAGGAGGCGAGAGGGGAGCACCCACCCCCAUGCGCAGCGCGGCCAACAAUGGGGCUUCGGCGGGAGCUAGGCAGUCGGCAGCCAGGAUUACGACAGGGGCAUCGGGAGAGAGACACCGGAACGGUGCCGGCGUAUUUUGCGCUCUGGCCGCGUCGGCCACGCUCACCCAGGGGGCGUCGGGCGCCCCGCGAUACGGGCAGCGAUAACUAUAAGGGCGAGGCGAAGGGGGUGGGGGGCUUCAGAAUACACAUCA